AUGCCUCAGGUUAAGCGAAGGCCUAGUUCUAAACAGAAAUAUGAGAUUAUAAUUAAAUUUGAUAAAAAUGAAAAAGACUCAAUGGAUCUACCCCCUCAACCUUUGAAUAAAGAGCAAGGAAAUGUAAUGGAUCCACCCCCUCAAUCUUCGAAUGAAGAGCAUGGAAACGUAAUGGAUCCAUCCCCUCAACCUUCGAAUGAAGAGCAUGGAAACGUAAUGGAUCCAUCCCCUCAACCUUCGAAUGAAGAGCAUGGAAACGUAAUAGAUUCGCCCAACUCACCACUUGGAGAAGAUUCUCAAUUUGCUGAACCAAUGGUUAUCCAAAUCUCAGAGAUGAAUUAUAGUAACGAAUAUCCUGCUCUAUUUCAAGAUAUAUAUAGUAUGUAA